AUGGACCCACGAACAACGUGGAGGUCGGAGCAAACCAGCCACAGCUCGCGGAGCGCCAGGAGUGGACGACAAAAGCCAUUCUCCAAGACCUUCCACGGAGCAGGAAGUUUGACUGACCGUCCCGCUGUUGGAUCGAGCCGAUGGAAAGAGGGGUGGGAGUCCUUCCUGCAACCUUCGACUCCCAUCAGAGCCGCGGCGUCGCUGCUCACAGAGGAGGAGUUUCGAAAGCAUCCGUUGUCUAUGCAGACAACCACUGCUUCCUUCACGUCGUCUGCGCGGCAGACGCAGCAUUCCACUGGCGACGCGUGGCGAGUGGACUUCGCCAGCCAGGCGAGGCAGAUGGGCCAGGAGGUGCUGGCAGCCCUGGCUUCGCCGACUGAGCCAUCUCCAUUUGAUGAGAUGCCCAAUCCGGAGGUGCCGUCGGCGCCCGUGCCUCGGCGGCCUACGCUUGGAGGCCCUGUGCGGCCCAAGCGCGGCCCCAGCAUUCAGCGGCGGAUGGUGGGUUCAUCGCAUGUCCGGCGCAGCCGUGUCAAAGAGAACAGAGAGGAAGCGCCGCAAGCGAGUGCGGCGCGAGAGGAACCGGCAAAGGCUGAGGCAAAGCUCGGCAAGCCCAGCGCCAAAACGGAGGCCAAGGUGGAGGCCAAGGUGGAGGCCAAGGUGGAUUCCGAGGAGAAAGUUGAGGAGCCGCCGCAAUCUUCGGCCCCUUCAUCGCCCAAGAAUGCGCUCGGGAAAAAGUCAUUAUUCUCGGCGGUGAAAGCCCUCAUGCAAGUCGCCCGGGAGGAGGAACAAACUGAAGGGCAGAAGCUAGCACAGAUGCUUGGUGCCGUCGACCGACGCUCUGCUUCGCCUUCAGCGGAAUCCGACCUGCAAAGUCGGCCCAGUGAUCUGACCGACCCGAAUUCAUCCCGGAGAGGGUCGCCAGAGCCAGGCGGGCAGCGCAAAUCCAACCCGAACAAGGCUGCCAGGUCGCAGACCGCCCUCGUGAAAGCUGCGGCUGCCUUCAAGUCUGCGCUCAGUGCAGUUGCAGGUUCAACGGACACAACGACGGGUGGCAACCGGCGCCUCUCGGUCGCCGAGCGUAUGGCGAUGACAUCAGGAUCACGACCCACUGACAAGGACAAGGAGUCAGCAGAGGAGCGUUCGGAUAAACCUCGCAGCCCCACAAAGCAAUUCGACAAGGGUGGUCAAGAGGCGGAGGCGAAAAAGCCCGAGACUCCUGUCCCUGAGUUUGCCACGCAGCGGCGGGAGCGGGGUCACGGACGUUGGAAGUGGCAAUCGCAGCCGUUCGAGGCACCCCUUUGUUCUUUCCAAGAACUGGUCAAUGUGGAGAACAAUCCGAUGCCGCUCUCCGAGGCGAUGGAACGAGUCCGAAGCAUGGCCGGUGGUCAGAACUUCACUUGGGAAAGGUCCUCUGGAGCGUAUGGCGGCAGGCUGCAUAUCAGCUUUCCGAUCGUUCUGUGGUACCAGCACAGCUGGGAGAACGAGAUCAAGAAGUCGAGGACUUCGUGUGUUGUCUCGUUCGUGCACAAGCCUAGCUGUGCCUUUGUUUACCAGCCCACCGUGCCAGUUACGACUCUGUUGAUCGAGCCAAAGCAGCUGUUCCGCCCUAUGUUCCAGUUUGAUCCUCGAUCGUUCCACACCUUCAAGCUUGCCUGGCGGCAUUACUUGGACUUCGGCAGCACCGACUACAGAGUUAUUGUUGGAGGCGAGUUGGAAAGAUGGUGCCAGCGUUGCAAGACUGCCAUUGAAAAGCCCUUCAAUGCGGUUUAUUGGCUACUGCUCAUGAUCGGUUCGCACUACCGAGAAAGUUUGGCGAGUCGGAGGGUCGUUUCCAAGCUGGAAGACCCACCAGAACAGGUUCCCAUCAUUUGCAUUGACUCCUUCGUGGCAUUGUCGGCGCUCCUUUUCUCUCCAGAGCGGCAGGUGCUUUAUGCGGGUGUGGAUCCGACCCCGUCGUACCUCCGAUGGUUGCAGUACAUUGGGGAUCAGUACAACUCGAACAAGGCUUCUGGUACGAAGGACAGCCGCACAGUGUUCGAGAUGAACGAAUUUCUUGACUUUCCGGCAAUUAUCAUUUUCUACGGACGGCCACAGCAUCGGGGUCGAGAGUCUGACCCACUGGCAUGGGUCAACAGCCCAUCCUUGAUCAAAAGCUAUAUUGCCAGAUAUUCAGAAGACAACAAAUGCGGCUGCCAACUCGAGCCAGCCGCUCGACUCUACACCUACUCCUGCUCGUUGGGCUGCUGCACCACCAGCACAAGCAACGAGGCGGAGAAGGCGAUCAAUGAUGCGGAGAAAUGGUACUGCUGGAAUGGCCUCAAGGUGUGUGAGAUCGGGGUGCCAGUGCCCCACACACAAGCGUCGUUCUUGUCUCCAUUCGUCACGACGAGGCAAGUCGCCUUCCUAUGUCCGGUACAUGGACCUGACAGACUCGCGAAGAGCACUUCGCCGCGGUCACACCGCCAAGUCCAUCGCGGUGACAGCAAGAACAGCGUGGCAGCAUCACACUUGGAUGGAGAAGGGGGCGAUAUUGAAGAGCAAACGCGAUCAAGCUCACAGAAGACCAUGUCUCUCGUCUCUAACAUGGACGGUGGCCUGGAGAGUGGCGCUCCAUCGGAAGUCGCAUCUGAAGCCGGGGAUGACGAGGACAGUGAGUCCCGGAGAUCCUGGUCCUUCAACACACAGAUGGGACCUUUUGGAGGUGGGCCGCCGCCUCGCACGGAGAAGGCACCGGGACAACGCUGCGCUUGCAGUCAGUACAUCCAUGCCUCACAUCAGGGUAUUGGCAAGAAGGACAAGCAGGCCAAAAGCUCGCAGGGAGAAAGCCUGGCCGCCGCAGGCGAGGCGCAGGAGGUGCGCCAGGCACUGUCUGCUCUCGGAGAGUAUGACCUGCUGCACACCUUUGUGGCAGUGAUGUCCGGUGGGUUGAAUAUGGCGAAGUCAGUUUUGCGCCUUCACUUCAGCAUAGAUCCGGGUGCAUACCAGAACUUGCCCGAGCCCGCGUGCAAGCAGUGGGAAGUUGGCCUCAUGCCCUGGUAUCGUGAGUUUCAUCGGACGGACAUGCACUCACGCUGCCGGCACGGCAUGCUCCUGGCUAGCAUCUUGCGAGGUAUGUUGGGCGACGGGCUGACGAGUGGACUACACGAAGAAUCGCUGGACAUUCUUCGAUUGCCACUCCCAAUGGCUCCCGCUGCUGCUUCAGACACGGGGACGUUGCAACCCCGUCAGGCGUCGCGCGCGCCCGGACAUGUGCAGACAGUCCCUCUAUCGGUCGCAAUGAGGAGCCACAGCUUUCUCCGAAGUCAGUCUCAGGACUCCGUAAUCAGCAACGAGGACAAGCCGGAGAGGUCAGCUGAAGACACGAGAUCAGGCUCAAAAGCGGCACCCAAAAGGUUCUUGAACAACGUACAGGUCUGCUGUGCUUUGGUCGGCUGUGAGUCACCUCUUGGCUUGAAGCAUCAUUUCGAGGUCUUCAAUCAGUGGUGUCACAGCGCGCACCUGCUGCCCUUUGUAAAGCGCUGCUAUCGGCGCUGUGGCAUCGCAGGCUUGGCCGCAGGUCAACAUGUGGGUCAUCACAAGAAGGGCGCAAAUCCCUUCUACCCGCUGGUCUUGCCGACGGUACCGACUGUGUGUUAUGGCCACUGCUACCCGCUCCACAAAGUGUUCCAAUACUUCUAUGCUGGCACGGAGAAGAUUCUAUGCAGCAUUGACGACUCCAAGGCAGUGGAAGCAGACCGUGCAACUUGGGGACUUGCACCCGGCCAGGACAGAUUGAACAACCAGUGCUGGUUUAAGGUGGCUGACGAUCACGACCUCUCUCGAGAUGACUCGCCGACGACGAAGCCGUCACCAGCCAAACAAAUGCGCAUGCUGCUAACGGCAGGAGGUCCUGGAGCGUCUGAGCCCAGCGAUCCUUUGGGCCGGCCCACCAGUGCUCUGCGUGAGCCUAGCAAAGGAAAGAGCUCGUUGACACGGUCAGCAUUCUUCAACAAACAAGGUGGGACUGCGACCGGAUUAAAGUCACUCGAUGAUGACAAAAAGCAGCAGAUGACCGCGAUCAGGCGGAAGCAGCUCGCAUUGAAGCGACAACAGGUGCCUUUUGGGCCUGGAAGUCUCACUGCAGCAGAUCCUUUCUUCUGGUUCUGCCAUGGUGACUUCUACCUCUACACCUUCCCUGCCAACCAGGUGCCACGCAGCCUGUUGCAAGAUCCAACAACGGUGACCUGCCGCUACGCUGACUUUGUGUCACGCAGUGGAACUCCAGUCAGGCGCUCCGAUGCAGCCUUACCGGCAGAGGCUGAGGAUGCGCCUCCAAGCAGCUGUCUGUGUCAGCCUACGGACAUGACGGACCACUUGAGGAAACGCUGGGAGGUGCCUGUUGUGUUCCCAGAUGAACAGCGCCUUCUGCUAGGCGAUUCUGGAUGGUUCCCAGGCGCUUUGGGUUUCCGCUUCGUCUUUGAGGCAUCGACGGAAAGUGUGGAGCGCUAUGUGCUUCUGGAUACAAUGCCACAGGCCUCACUGGUGUACAUGCAGCAUGUGUGGCGACCAGACAAGAAGGGUUUGAAAGCCAACCCGAAGGAAGCCAGACGUGAGCAAGGUGUCUACAAAGUCAGGAAAGAUAUCCACUCCAGUGAGUCCAGCGGGGAGGAGGACGAUUCCGACGCAUCAGACAGCAAGGAUGAAGAGCCCUUCACAGCUGCCCACCGCCGCAGGCUGCCGUAUUUCUACAAGCGGAAAAAGGGGACGAAGUGUCCCCAGAAGGAGGAUGGUGAAGAAGACAAAAGUGGUUGGGAAACGGUCGACUACAUGCUACCACCUCUGCCAGCCGGGUAG